AGAGGAGAGAGAAAGCAGCUUGGAGCGCUCAGCUGCUCGCAGUCUUGCUUCGCUCCUCAGGCGACUGAGACCGCUGUGGAACUUUUCUGGUACUUUCCCUUUCCCCUCUCCAUGGAGAUGUCCUAACUUGGGAAGAGCCUCUGCUGGCCAGAGAUCGGCUCGACUCUUCUGCCUGAUGGGAGACGGCGGCAGCGGAAGCUUCAGUCGACCCAAAUUCGGACCCUCACCCAAGAUGGCUGCCCAUGGCCGUCGUCUUCUUUUCCUCCACCUUCUCCGCCUGAUGAGACCUGAGCAGAGCGCCGCGUUACCAUGGUGAUCAUUUUCUCCAAAAGCCUGGAAAAGAAGAAGGGUGUCAAUGAUGUAAGGCCCAAGAGCACCGAAAGACGGCCGCGUGAGCUCCACACCAUGAGCAGGGGGACGGCCCUCUUCUCUUGUGGAACUGCUGAGGCAGACAGAUGGCUGAACCCGGGUCGAAGCUUCCAGUCUGCCACCAGCCUCGAGAGCCUGUGGGAUGUGAUGCCCGAGCCGGGCAGCCGCCCCUGGGCCAGGGAGCCGGGUGGCGCCACCGCCAUCACCAGCCUGAUAAGAGAUCUCAACCUGGGUGAUGCCUCCAUGACCAAAGCACACGCCGCCUCUUCUGCCACUUCACACUACACCACUACAGCCGCCAGCCAAGCCCCCGUGGCGCCGCCCAGCAAGCGCCAGUGCCGCUCUUUGUCCUUCUCAGAUGAAUUUGGUGGCUUUCGCUCAUCAUGGCGGCCUCAGGGCUCUAGAGUGUGGACAGCGGUGGAGAAACGCAGGUGCCACAGCGGCGGGAGCGUCCGUGCUGGUGGAGGGUUCCUCGGCGGCCAUUUCCCCGCCAUGCAGCGCAGCUGCAGCUUCACUUUUCCUUCACGCACCAGCAUCCCCACAGAUGGACCUUUGGACCUGCCCUUCUUCAGCCAGCGACUGCCUGUCCACCCUCACUUCACUGCCUCCCCAGUGUCCCCCAUCUCUCCUCCCUCGCAUCCCCCGCAGUCCUCCCACUUCCUCAGACCUCUCUCCCUCUCCCACGAGAGGAUCAGCCUUCCCGAACUCCAGAGGGAAGAGGCUUCGGAGGCCAGCUCUCCAGACUCCACCCCAGAACUAGGGCGGCGGUCGGUCCAGAGAGGCGAUGGGAAGGGGUGUCUGUCUCGGAGCAGAUCUCAGCCUUGUGUGCUGAAUGAUAAAAAGAUCGGAAUGAAGCGGAGGAGACCGGAGGACGCCCAGGAGCAGCGGCCCUCUUUGGACUUGGCAAAGAUGACUCAGGCACAGAGCAAUGACCCACUGAAAACAGCUUUGCGACCCACCAGUUCAAAAUCAGUGCUGGAAAGUAGAGGUUCUCAAGUGCUCUCAACCUGGCACCCACAUUCUCAAAGGGUCAUUAAGCUGCGACCCACUUUUAUCAUGCUGGAUUCAAAGCACCGUGGAGUGACCAUGAUGACGUCCACUCACAAGAUCUCCUUCUCCAUCGUCGACAUCCUGGAUCCGAACAAAUUCAACAGCGGCAGCAAGAAGGGAAGCGAACUUGCCAAGUUUGAAGUGCAAGACGCGGAGGGGAAUAGUUGGGAGACGCACAGCGACGCGGAAGGAGACGUCACAGCGGCAGCGGAGGACACAGACGACGACCAGUGUGCACCCGCCAGUCGCCACCCAGUCAUCGUUGACCCCCUCCUACUCAGCCCACCAGCUGACAGCAACCACUGUCCCGCCAAUGAACCGGACCACUCAUCACAGGAGUCCACGGUCACCCCGCAGGAGCCCACGCCGCACAAAAGGCGGCGUCAAGACCCCAACGGCACCAAGCCCCGCCGCGCCCGAACUGCCUUCACCUACGAACAGCUGGUGGCACUGGAGAACAAAUUCCGCGCCACCCGGUACCUGUCGGUGUGCGAGAGGCUAAACCUGGCCCUGUCCUUGAGUCUGACUGAAACGCAGGUCAAGAUCUGGUUCCAGAACAGGCGGACCAAGUGGAAAAAGCAGAACCCCGGAGCGGACAGCACAUUGCCACCGGCCUCCGGCUCCCUGAUCAGUCCCAGUCAGGGAACAUGUGGCUCGGGGCAGGCCGGCUUCCACCGGUCUUUCCCCGACCUCAGUUCAGGCAACGUCAUCUUCCACACAGCCGGUGCUGUCCCUCUGUCCUCCACUGGGGGGCUCCUGCAUCCCUUUAUGUCCGGUGGAUUUGUGCAGCCCACUUAUUUUAAUUCACACCUAUGAAACACUAUAGAAUGAACUGUUGCAUCUGCUAUUAUUGACUCAAAGUGCUGCACUGACGCCAAAUGUUUGUGAAAGGGACAAGAACAACACUUUUAUCAAGGUGCAUGUUGCUGUUUUUGUCAUGUCUCAUGUUGCACUAAUAGGUUUGCUGAUGCAGUCUAUCAUUAUUUUCUGUUGCCAUGGACCUUUUUUCCCCCUUAGAUAUUAUUGUUCCUGUGGCCAUGUAAAAAUGACGCACUACAACUGUCUGUCAUUGUGUUUUGUUGAAACGCUGCGUGUGCAACAGAUUUUGACAUCUGUAACACAAACUGUGGCAACCGGCCGGCUUUGCUUGUG